GACAACAGCAACAGGAGGGAAUGGGUAGAGAGAGGGGCACCGUUUAACAAGACUCUUCAACACAACGCGACCAAUAAAACAAUUCACCAUCGAGCAUUGAAAAAAUAUCAUCUCAGGCUGUGACUCGAGCCCCCUUCUCCAUCUGCAGCUUUAAGUUGUGAGUGUUCUCUGUUGUGUCUGUUUUUCCAUCUAGCAGGGUAACUUGAGGGGAAAAAGAAUGAGCUGAUUUCAAGAGCGCUGAUAAUGACCCCCAGAAUAAAUGUGGCCUGGUCACACAGCAAAGUGGGGAACGUACAUGCUUGAGAUUUCUAAGGCCAUGAUGCAAUGAGAUAAACACUGGAUGACUGAAGGUCCCCUGCUUAUCAGUCUCUAAGCAUGGCUGGACUACAGCUGGUGACCCCUGCCUCCUCACUCAUGGGGCCCUUCUUCGGUCUCCCAUGGCAGCAGGAAGCUAUCCAUGACAGCAUAUACACACCAAGGAAAUAUCAGGUUGAACUUCUUGAAGCAGCUCUUGAACACAAUACUAUAGUCUGCUUAAAUACUGACUCAGGGAAGACCUUUAUCGCAGUACUCCUAAUCAAAGAACUCUCCCACCAAAUCCGUGGAGAGGAUGAAAAGAGAACAGUUUUCCUGGUGAAUGCAGCAUCAUCUGUGGUUCAGCAAGCAUCUACUAUAAGAACCCACUCCGAUCUCCAGGUAGGCGACUACAUGUCAGAGGAGAUGACAUCAUGGCCCGAGGAGAUGUGGAACAGAGAGAUGAUGGGGAAUCAGGUUCUGGUGAUGACGUGCCACAUCUUCCUGCAUAUGUUGAAAAAUAGAGUCUUGCCACUAUCAAAAAUCAACCUGCUGGUUUUUGACGAAUGCCACCUUGCAAUCACGGACCAUCCUUAUCGGGAAAUAAUGAAGCAGAUUUGUGAGGGUUGCCCAGGCUGUCCCCGCAUUCUUGGUCUGACUGCUUCCAUUUUAAAUGGCAAAUGUGACCCAUGUGACCUGGAGGAAAAGAUUCAGAACCUAGAGAAGAUUCUGCAGAGCAAUGCAGAAACUGCCACUGAUCUUGUGGUGCUGGAUAGGUAUGCAUCCCAGCCUCGUGAGGUGGUGCUGGACUGUGGACCAUACCAGGAUGAAAGUGGACUCUCUGAGAGGCUUCUGGGCGAGCUGGAUGAAGCCCUUAAUUUUCUUAAUGACUGCAACUUAUCUGCUCAUCGAGAAGAACGAGAUCCCACUUUCAUCUCCAAACAGGUGCUGAAUGACUGUUGGGCCGUGUUGACUGUGCUUGGUCCAUGGUGCGCCGAUAAAGCUGCAGGAAUCAUGGUGCGGGAGCUGCAGAAAUACAUCAAACACGAACAGGAGGAGCUGAACCGCAAAUUCCUGCUCUUCACAGACACCAUUCUGAGAAAAAUCCAUGCCUUAUGUGAGGAGCAUUUCUCUCCAGCCUCCCUGGACCUGAAGUUUGUAACUCCCAAGGUCAUCAGACUUCUGGAGAUUCUUCACGAGUACAAACCUUUCGAACGGCAGCAGUUUGAAAGCGUGGAGUGGUACAACAAUCGCAAUCAGGACAAUUAUGUUUCAUGGAGCGAUUCUGAGGAUGAUGACGAGGAUGAAGAGGCAGAGGGAAAGGAGAAACCUGAGGCUAAUUUUCCCUCACCAUUCACCAACAUCCUCUGUGGAAUUAUCUUUGUGGAAAGGCGAUAUACAGCGGUUGUUCUAAACAGGCUUAUCAAAGAGGCGGGUAAGCAGGACCCAGAGCUGGCCUACAUCAGUAGCAAUUUCAUCACAGGUCACAGUAUUGGCAAGAACCAGCCACGCAACAAACAGAUGGAGGUGGAGUUCAGAAAACAAGAGGAGGUCCUGAGGAAGUUCAGAGCUCAUGAAACCAACUUGCUCAUCGCAACCAGCAUCGUGGAGGAAGGGGUUGAUAUUCCAAAGUGCAAUUUGGUCGUGCGGUUUGACUUGCCGACAGAGUACCGGUCGUAUGUGCAAUCCAAAGGUCGCGCCCGUGCUCCUGUCUCCAAUUAUAUCAUGCUAGCUGAUAGCAAAUGGACGAAAACAUUUGAAGAGGACCUCAAGACCUACAAGGCCAUAGAGAAGAUUCUCAGAAAUAAGUGCUCAAAGUCAGCAGAAUGCAGUGAUUUUGAAAUGGAGCCAGUGACCGAUGAUGACAACGUUCUCCCUCCUUACGUCCUGCGCUCAGAGGAUGCCGGCCCCCGUGUCACGAUUAACACAGCUAUUGGACAUGUCAACAGAUAUUGUGCGCGGUUGCCCAGUGAUCCAUUCACUCAUCUUGCUCCUAAGUGUAAAACUGUGGAGCUGAAGAGUGGAGGUUACCAGUCCACUCUCUUCCUUCCCAUCAACUCUCCACUCAGAGUUCCUGUCACUGGGCCAACAAUGAACUGUGCAAGACUUGCUGAGAAAGCAGUCGCUCUUCUCUGUUGUGAAAAACUGCACAAAAUUGGGGAGCUAGAUGAUCAUUUGAUGCCGGUAGGGAAGGAAACUGUGAAGUAUGAGGAGGAGCUGGACCUGCAUGAUGAGGAGGAGACGAACGUGCCAGGAAGACCAGGCUCCACAAAACGGAGACAGUGUUACCCAAAAGCCAUACCAGAGUGUCUGCGGGGUUGUUACCCUGUGCCAGAGCAGCCUUGCUACCUGUAUGUGAUUGGGAUGGUCCUCACCACACCUCUUCCUGAUGAGCUCAACUUCCGCCGGAGGAAGCUGUACCCGCCAGAGGACACUACCCGAUGUUUUGGCAUUCUGACAGCUAAAGCAAUACCUCGGAUCCCUCACUUUCCUGUGUACACGCGCUCUGGUGAGGUGACCAUCUCGAUUGAGCUUCAGAAGUCGGGCUUCACUCUGAGCGCAGAGCAGCUGGAUCUCAUCACUCGCUUGCACCAGUACAUCUUCUCCCACAUACUCCGCCUGGAGAAGCCAGCACUAGAAUUUAAAUCUACAGAGGCAGAUUCUGCCUACUGCGUUCUACCUCUCAAUGUCGUUGAGGAUUCCAAUACGUUGGACCUGGAUUUUAAGUUCAUGGAGGAUAUUGAAAAGUCUGAAGCACGAAUCGGCAUUCCAAACACUCAGUACACCAAGCAAAUCCCAUUCAUUUUCAAACUGGAAGACUACCAAGAUGCUGUCAUCAUUCCGAGGUAUCGUAAUUUUGACCAGCCACAUCGGUUUUAUGUGGCUGAUGUUUACACAGACCUCACCCCGCUCAGUAAAUUCCCCUCUCCAGAGUAUGAGACUUUCGCUGAGUACUACAAAACCAAGUACAACCUUGACCUGUCCAAUGUUAACCAGCCCCUACUGGAUGUGGACCACACAUCUUCAAGAUUGAAUCUUUUAACUCCCCGGCACCUUAAUCAAAAGGGGAAAGCCCUUCCUCUCAGCAGUGCAGAGAAGAGAAAGGCCAAGUGGGAAAGCCUUCAAAACAAACAGAUUUUAGUUCCAGAGCUCUGUGCCAUUCACCCCAUCCCCGCCUCUUUGUGGAGGAAAGCCGUCUGCCUUCCCAGCAUUCUCUACAGACUUCACUGCCUUCUGACAGCGGAAGAGCUGCGGUCCCAGACAGCCAUUGACGCUGGCGUAGGGGCUCAGACCCUGCCUCCUGAUUUCAGGUAUCCUAAUUUGGAUUUCGGAUGGAAGAAAUCCAUUGACAGCAAGUCUUUCAUUUCCUGCCCCAGUGAAUACAUGGAAGACGACGAUCACUGUAAACACGAUACAAGCUCAGAUUCAGACCACACUGCCCAGGAGGGCUGCAGUAUGGAGGCCUCCCAGCCUCCAGAGGGUGCUCUCCCCUGUGACAACUGCAACACACCAGAUGAAAAGCUAGAAACCCACAUGCUUUCUGUGACUGAUCACCAGACGCCAAACAAAGACCCCAGCAACUGCGUCUGUUACCCAAACCUCCCUAAUGGGACUCGGGCUGACGGUGGUGACUUUCCACACCGACAUGACAUUUGCCAAUGCCCUCAGCUGGGCUCACUGGAGAGCGACUUGACAAUGCAUACCACUACCUCAGUUCCUGUGCGGCCCUCUCCAACCAUUGAGCCACAGCCCCAACCCAGUGAUGAAUGUAAUCCAAGCAGGAACUCAGAUCUCUGUGAUAGACAUGUGAAAAAACCUACCUCAUACUUUUGCCCUAAACUGGAGACGGCAACCAGCACCACAGCACCUUCAGCCGUGUCUUCAGAGGUCUCUGUUGUGACAUCUACAUCUGCUUGUGCAGGCCCAGCUUGGGAUUCUCCAAAAACCUUGGGCCCCAACCCCGGCCUCAUCCUGCAGGCCCUGACUCUCUCCAACGCCAGUGAUGGCUUCAAUCUGGAGAGGUUAGAAAUGUUGGGGGACUCUUUCUUGAAACACGCUAUCACCACCUACCUGUUCUGCACAUAUCCUGAUGCCCACGAGGGCAGGCUGUCUUACAUGAGAAGCAAAAAGGUCAGCAACUGUAAUCUUUACCGCCUGGGCAAGAAAAAGGGCCUUCCUAGUCGAAUGGUGGUGUCCAUCUUCGAUCCCCCUGUAAACUGGCUGCCUCCAGGCUACAUUGUGAAUCAGGACAAAAGUAGCACAGACAAGUGGGACUCAGAUGAGAAUAAAGAUUUGCCCAAUGGAAAAGCCAGUGAUGAUGAAGAUGAUGAAGAAGAAGAUGAUGAUGAUGAUGAUGAUGAUGAUGAGGGAGAGGAUGUGAAAGGCGAGCCAUCUAAGGAUGAGGUGAAUGUUGAUGAUGAGCUGGAAUACGACUCUGAUCACAUCAGGUUCAUCGAUAACAUGCUGAUCGGCUCCGGCGCCUUCGGGAAGAAGAUUUCCCUCCAGCUGGCGGAGCCCGGAUAUGAAUGGAAAGCACCCAAAAAACCCCACAAUGUCCCCUUUCUCCCAGACGGUGGUGGUGACGAGUUUGACUACAGUUCCUGGGAUGCCAUGUGCUACCUGGACCCCAGCAAAGUAGGUGAGGAGGAUGACUUUGUGGUGGGUUUCUGGAACCCUUCAGAGGAAAACUGUGGCACAGAUAUUGGGAAGCAGUCCAUCUCCUACGACCUCCACACCGAACAGUGUAUCGCAGAUAAGAGCAUAGCCGACUGCGUGGAGGCCCUGCUUGGAUGCUACCUUACCAGCUGCGGGGAGAGAGCGGCCCAAAUGUUCCUGUGCUCCCUUGGCCUGAAGGUGCUACCAGUGGAGAAGCAGAGUUCUUUGGGGUCAACUGAGUUGCAGUACGGCUGGCUGAAGAUCCCCCCACGCUGCAUGUUCGACCACCCAGAUGCUGAAUGGACGCUUAACCACCUCAUAUCCGGCUUCGAGAAUUUUGAGAAGAAGAUCAGCUACACAUUUAAAAACAAGGCAUAUCUUCUGCAGGCAUUUACCCAUGCCUCGUAUCAUUACAACACCAUCACAGAUUGUUAUCAGCGGUUGGAGUUCCUUGGUGAUGCAAUUUUAGACUACCUCAUAACAAAGCACCUUUAUGAAGAUCCGCGGCAGCACUCCCCAGGUGUGUUGACCGACCUGCGCUCCGCACUUGUCAACAACACCAUAUUUGCUUCCCUGGCUGUCAAGUACGAUUACCACAAGUACUUCAAAGCAGUCUCGCCCGAACUGUUCCACGUGAUCGACGAUUUUGUGCAAUUUCAGCUGGAGAAGAACGAAAUGCAAGGAAUGGAUUCCGAGCUUCGCCGAUCGGAGGAAGAUGAGGAGAAAGAGGAAGACAUUGAGGUCCCCAAAGCAAUGGGAGACAUCUUUGAAUCACUCGCUGGUGCAAUUUACAUGGAUAGCGGGAUGUCACUUGAGACAGUUUGGCAAGUGUAUUAUCCAAUGAUGAGGCCGCUCAUAGAAAAAUUCUCUGCUAAUGUUCCUCGUUCCCCGGUGCGUGAACUCCUGGAGAUGGAGCCAGAGACGGCGAAGUUCAGCCCUGCGGAGAGAACCUAUGAUGGAAAAGUACGGGUUACAGUGGAAGUGGUGGGCAAAGGCAAGUUCAAAGGUGUGGGCCGCAGCUACCGGAUAGCCAAGUCAGCGGCCGCCCGCAGAGCUCUGCGCAGUCUCAAAGCCAAUCAACCUCAGGUCCAAAACAACUGAUCUUCAGACAGCAGAACCCCUCUCAACACCACAUGAAGAAUCCUCGCAGACUGCGUUCUCACCGGGGUUGUCAAAUUCAAUAAAUUAACCACGUCAAAAGAUUCAAGUAUAAUCCACAGAGGGAUCAUUUUUCAUUUUAUCCUUUCGUGCGCAAACACAAUCUUUCUUUUUCUCCCCAGCUUUGUUUGAUCACGAGUGCUUUUUUAUGUAUUGCAAGUGUUAAGAAAAAGGUCAGGUAUUUUUCCCUCUUUUUAUUAACAUUAAUAAAUGAUAAAUGCUUUGCUUUGUGGUAGUGAUUAAGAAGCUAAAUCUUAUAGGUAGUAUUAGAAUGUACAUAUUUAAACUCCAAUGUAUCAAACAAAUAAGAGAAAAAACUAAUUUAAAAAAACACAAAAUUCCUCAGUCUGUGCACUAGUGCCAGUUUUGCGGUGGUUUUUAAACGCUUUGACAAAAAGGGCACACAAAGAUGGUGUUGGAAUAAGACAAGUGAUUUUCUCUAUCUUGAGAUGCUAUUCUCAAUCAUAAUUGCACUUAUUUCUUUAGGGUCUGUUUUUAUUUCGUGUCGUGAACAUUUUGUCAGUUUUGUCAACACCAAAAUCAUUUAGAUCUAUAUUGUACCGAAAGAGAAAAGCCCUCACAUUUUUAAAAUGUAUAGGAAUUUGACAUUCCCGAUUACUGUAAUCAACGUAGUUGUAAACGGCACUUGAGGAAGCAUGUUUAUGUAGCUAUCUGUUAUCUAAGCUAACUGGAUGGGUUGUAUAGACGCCAUAGAGCUACAUUCAUACAAUCUGCAUUAUAUAGAAAAUGCAAUAGUAAAUGUUUAUGACAUACAUUGAUACUUGGGUUUCAGUAAUGUCUUUUUGAUACCGAUAUUGAUGAUAUUUAGUUGACAGUCUUUAUGAACAUUAGAUGUCCCUAUAGACUGACUGACUUAGUUUUGAUAUAAUGACACAAAGGAAAAAAGGACAUAUCACCUGGGAAAAUAUGCUGCAGAUUUUAUAUUUAAAAAAGGAAAGAGAAAAAUAGGAUUGGAUAAUAAGACACAAAGCACCUUUACGUACCGUCUUUAAGACAAACAGAUAUUUUCGCUAAAUGACUUCACUUGCAUCAAUUACCAAAGUCGAUACUGAUGCAACAUUGUGAGGUUGCACCUAUUAAACAGAUAGUUCACCAAAGAAGGAAAAUUCUGUUGUCAUUUUCUAACCCUCAUGUUGGGUGAGUAAAUGUCACAAUUAAAAUUUUUGGGUGAACUAUCCAUUUAAGUCAAUCCCUCAACAUUUUCAAAUUUUUCGUGGUAACCAACCUUUAUUUUAGCAUAAAUGUGUUGUAGCCUUUUGUCUAACGUAAAUGUUUUCAUAUUAAUAGGCAUUCUUCACUUGAAUACCUCAGUUAAUUGCAUGCAUUUUUUUUUUUUUUUUUUUUUUUUUUGGUGCUAUGUUUAAGCUUGAAUUUCUCAUCUUUUGCACUGUAACUGUAUUACCUCUUAAUUUUACUUUUUUGAAAUCUGUUGGGUUGGUUAUUCUGUUUGGUCAGCAGUCAAGCUCUACAAAUUUGAAAUUGCUUCCCCGUUUAUAUAUUUUUUUUAUUUUUAUGCUUGAAGGGGAAAAGCUGAGAAAAUGGUUCUCCGCACAUAAGCUUGAUGCCUCUCUGAGCUUGGAUUUUCUUUCAAUUGUGCAUCCGAUCAGAAGGGUUACUUAACGCUUGAGAAAAUCGAUAGAUUGCACUCUGAUAUGGUCAGCGUUUCUGUCUUAUAAGCCAUGCAUCUCGCCUUUUGACUUCCCUCUUUCUGUAGUCUUACUAGGUUGCCAAAUGUAAUGACUUUUUUGUAACAUUCAGUCAAUUAUUUAGUAGUAUGUUGACGAAAAUGUGGGCACUCUUAUCCAUGUUUACCCUAGGAACAAGGGUGUGAAAUUUUUGUGCAAACAAUUUUUAUUUCAUUUGGACAUCUUGAAGGCUACAAAUUUUUCCCUCUCCUUGUCUGUAUCUCCUUUACUUAAUUCAGUUAUUAUGUUAUGGACAAACUAUUCCUGAAGUUACAUAAUCCCAGGCAUUGCUACCUCAGAAGACCCCUGCGAAUAGUUUGACAUUAUCAUAAAACCAAUGGUUUGUGGUUAUGCCUUUUUACAAUUAUAAAGGCAUAGUAUUGUGUAUGUUCAUCAGCACCUUACAGGGGGAUAAAUAUGUCUAUAUACAAAUAUAUAUAUAUAUAUAUAUAUAUAUAUAUAUAUAUAUAUAUAUAUAUAUACACUCACGACUAUUUGCACUAGAAAACGUUCCCACUGACAUUGAAUUUGCAUCUUUUUAAUAGAGUGUGCUCUAAAAUGGUGCCUUUCUACCAUGAAACAUUAAUGUAACAUCUAGACACUUGAUUCAGUGGAAUCACAACCUUUGCUACUGUAGCAUUUCUUUGCUUUAUGGAUACUUCGUAGGCGAUUUUGUUUUCAAUUUGUUGGUUCGAUUUAGCCAAGAUUUCAUGAAAGUUUGAAGCUGUAAUCAAAGUAUGACACUGCCCCAUCUUGACAGUGAGUGCAAUCUCAUUCCGUUUUAGCAAGAGUUGAGUUACCCUAUUUACAUUAUCUCAGUCGUAACCCCAGAGUUGAUUGUGUGCAGUGAGUAUCGAAAGUCAUUGGAUAGGAAUGGGUUUCCAUAUUCCCUUUGUGCAUCAGGGUCAGUGCGUGCCGGCUGUGCGAUAUGACACUGUAACCCUCAACCCUCAGAGUAUUGCAACAUUUUUUUUUUCUUGUGUGUUUGUUCAUUUUUUUAUUUUAUUUUUUCAGCUUGUUACCAUGUUUUUCCAAGCCUCUCAAAGGCAGACACUUUUUUCACAUUUCUUUCUUUAUUGUAAGCUUUGUUUUCACUUGGAUUUGUUUUUUGUCAACUUUCAGAGAAUGUGAACUCACACAUAUGCUGCCACCACAUGGAUACAGAUUCAUUUUUUUUUAACAAAACAAAAUGGACUUUUCACAACAAAUAAUGAAUCAUUUAUGCCAGUGCUAGACCCACAGAACAGAUAUCAAGCUAAGUGAUAUCCAAGUAAAAAGAAAAAGCAUUGGGAGUGUAAACAUAAAGUGGUCCUCCAUCGUAUCAUAUACUGCAGAUUGUUUUCCUUCAUGGUGGUGAAUAAUGUUUUCAUAUUCGUUUUUUUUUUUUUUUUUUUUUUUUUUUAACAUGUAGCACAAAUAAGCAUUGCACUCGGGCGCCAUACUUUACCUCAUGUCAGAACGGGAAAAAAAUUCAGAACAUGUAUAUAUGAUGCUGUAACGUUUAAAAGAAUAAUUUGUGGUUUUGGCCUUGCUGCUGUUUGCAUUGCUGGUAUUCUACCAAUGUAUUUAAAAGAUCAGAGAGAUACAAUGUGCCUGCAGGAUAUCAACAGAGAAAAUACACUGUAGAAAAGUAGUUUUGAAUCUCUACAAUCUGGGGCUAAAUAUGUGUCCUAUGUGUAUAUUCAUGUCCUGCCUUAAUGUAAUUCUUUGAAUAUGGAUUUGUAAUGUAACCUUAGUUCUUUGACUGGCAUGAUUUUCAAAUAUGUUUGGGACAGCACUGUCCCUCACCCAACACCCCCUUCCGGCCCAUAUUAGUUAGAUUAUCAGUCCAAUUGUAAUAGUGCAUGUCGGUGAAGACCCCUUCUCCCCCACCCGUGUUUUCUUUUUAGACUAAAACUGUGUACAGAUCUGAUUAAAUCAGCCCUACAUUUAUCGGACAGGGCUUUAUUUCAUAGCAAAGUGUCAUACUUUUUUUUUUUUUUUUUUUUUUAAGAAAAAGAAAUGUCCUGAUAAAAGUCAUAUGCACUAGCAGCAGCAAGAUGUUCAAACAGAAUAUAGCAGGAAUGGUAUGUGUGGUUUCUGAGAAUGUUGUGACCACCAGAGCACCAUAGAGCACUAACAAAAUGGGGAAGACAGUUUUUAUGAUUUUAUAUGGGGAAUUAAGGGCCACAAACGGCAGCGGAAUCUGUAUUUUUAAGGGACAUGUGUAUUUAAGUGACUUUCUCAUUCAUACUGUAUCUGUGCUGCAGUGGUUUGCAUUCUGCACCUUAUGGAUCACAAAAACCUUUAAAAAUUCUGUAUUAAACAUCCCCAUUUAAAGUAAUUGUAGCCGAAUAUAUCUACAAUAAAGUUAUGGUAUGGUCAUUCA